AUGGCAGAGAACAGUGGAUGCCCUGCCCCCUCGCGCCCCAACUUCCUGCUGCUCUUGGCCGACGACCUGGGCCUGGGUGACCUGGGCAGCUUCUGGAACCGCAGCCUGCGCACCCCGCACCUGGACGGCCUGGCCCGGGACGGCUUGCGGCUGACCCAGCACCUGGUGGCAGUGUCCGUCUGCAGCCUGAGCCGUGCGGCCUUCCUGACGGGACGCUACCCUGUGCGCCUGGGCAUGGUGACCACCAACGGGGCGCGCGUGCUGCAGUGGGCAGCCGUGUCGGGCGGGCUGCCCACCUCCGAGAUCACCUUCGCCAAGAUCCUGCAGGAGCAGGGAUACGCCACCGGCCUCAUAGGCAAAUGGCACCUGGGCCUCAACUGUGAGUCCCCCUCUGACCACUGCCAACACCCCCUGAACCACGGGUUUGACUCCUUCUUCGGGGUCCUCUUCACCCUGAUGGGGGACUGCUUGCAAGAGGAGCCCUCAGAGAAGCGAGCGCGUCUGCAAGGGCCCCUGGACCUGGGGGCGCAGCUGCUGCUGCUUUCCCAGCUCUGCCUGGACUCUGGGAAGCUCACGGGCCUGCUGGGCCUGCGCUGGGUGCCCUGGGUGCUGGGCCCUGUAUGUGGGGCCUUGCUCCUGGCCUGCACCUCCAGCCUCCUGGGUGUCUUCAUCGUCCAUGCCGACUGCUUCCUGAUGAGGGAUCACCAGGUCGUCCAGCAGCCUCUGAGGUUUGAGGCCAGCGCGGGGCUCUUCUUGCGGGAGGCUGAGGCCUUCAUGCACAGGCACCAGGCCAGCCCCUUCCUCCUUCUCGUCUCCUUCUUCCACGUCCACGUCCUGCUGGUCACCUCACCUGCCUUCCGGGGCCGCAGCGCGCACUGCGCUUACGGCGACAACGUGGAGGAGAUUGACUCGAUGGUGGGGCGACUGCUGGCAGCGCUAGACGGCGCGGGGCUGGGGCGCCGUACCCUCGUCUACUUCACGUCUGACCACAGUGCCUCGCUGGAGGCCCGGGCUGGGGUGCCCGCCUCGGGGGGUGGGCGGGGCCUCCCACGCGGUGCCAAAGGCAUGGGCAGCUGGGAGGGCGGCGUCCGGGUCCCUGGGCUGGUGUGCUGGCCUGGGACGCUGCCCGCAGGGCGCCUGGUGCCUGAGCCCACCAGCCUCAUGGACCUGUUCCCCACCGUAGUGCGCCUGGCCCGGGGCUGGGUUCCGGCGGACAGGGAGGUGGAAGGCCGGGACCUGAUGCCCGCGCUGCUGGGGAUGGCGCAGGCCGCAGGCCACGACUUCCUGCUGCACUACUGCGAGGCCCGGCUGCACGCCGUGCGCUGGUUCGACCACCCAAGCCGCACGGUGUGGAAGCUGCACUUCGCCACUCCGCGCUCCGACUCGCCGGGCUCGGGCACCUGCCUCAGUUUCCCUGCCUGUGCCUGCUCGGGCGGCGAAUGA